GCAAACGUCCACAAAGAACAUCACAGAGCUGGUGCACCAGGUAUCCAUGGGAAUGAAGUACCUAGAGGAGCACAACUUUGUCCACAGAGACCUCGCUGCCCGAAACGUACUGCUGGUCACGCAGCACUACGCCAAGAUCAGCGACUUCGGCCUGUCCAAAGCCAUCGCGGAGGAGCACAACUACUACAAGGCAAAGGGUCAUGGGAAGUGGCCUGUGAAGUGGUACGCACCUGAAUGCAUCAAUUACUUCAAGUUUUCCUCCAAAAGUGACGUGUGGAGCUUUGGCGUGCUCAUGUGGGAGGCCUUCUCCUAUGGCCAAAAACCAUACAAGGGAAUGAAAGGAAACGACGUCAUGCAGAUGCUGGAAGGCGGGAGGCGCAUGGAGUCCCCGGCGAGCUGUCCUCAGGAGAUGUACGAGAUGAUGCUGACCUGCUGGACCUACAAGGUGGAGGAGCGGCCCAGCUUUGCCGUGGUUGAGCCCAGACUGCGAGAGUAUUACUACGACAUUGCUCACUGAGCCCUGCUUGGAGGAAGACUGUAUGUGCACGCUUCAAACGGAGGAGGGCUCAAAGGGCGGAACGUUCUGGACCGGGAUCAAACCGGUUCUGUCGGAGCGUCCAUGAGCAAGGCACGUUUCUCUGCUCAUCAGUGAGGAGGACGGCGGGCGGAUGAAGAGAAAGAAAUGCACAAAUGACUGUUCAGAAAAGCUUCUAGAACGCAAUAUUAUGCAAAUCAGAUGUUUAAUGACUUUUCCUUCUUUGUUGAAUGCAGAUAGGAUGAAAUGUAUGAAUGCUUGCUGAGAGUAAAGCUGUGCGCAGACUGAACAUAG